CCGCUCUCCUUUCUUCUUCUCCUUCUUGCCUUCCCUUUCUCUGCACCCGAUGUUUCAUUCUCGCUCUUGUUUUUCUUAUUAAAAAAGAAAAAAGAAGAAAAAAAAAAAGUUAAAAAUUUCAUCUUCUCUCUAUUCAAAUCUAUAUUAUUUCUCCAGUACUGCAGCCUUCACUUUCCUUUAUAAAAUAAACAAACCCCAAAACAGUUUUUAAUUUUUAUUUUAAUCUUUUGUUUUCCUUGUUUUCUGUUUUUUUUUUUUUAUGUUGGCAUGGCUGGUUUGGAUUUAGGCACAGCUUCUCGCUACGUUUCCCAGCUUCAUAGACCUGACCUUCACCUUCAACACCAACCUGAACCCGAAGACCACGACCACAACAAUCGAAUUGGUUCUGGAGCCGGUGGCGAUCAGUACCAGAACGACGCCGUUGAUCAUCAGGGUCUUGACCUUGUUGCCGGUGCCAACUCUGGCCAUGGAGACCUCGUUGCCCGUCGGCCCAGAGGUCGUCCCCCCGGUUCGAAGAACAAACCGAAACCUCCCGUGAUAAUCACUCGGGAGAGCGCCAACACACUUCGAGCCCACAUUCUUGAGGUGGGAAGUGGCUGCGAUGUGUUUGACUGUGUGGCCAACUACGCCCGGAGAAGGCAGCGGGGAAUCUGUAUACUGAGUGGAAGCGGAACCGUCACUAACGUGAGUAUAAGACAGCCAGCGGCAGCUGGAGCAAUAGUGACUCUUCAUGGAAGGUUUGAAAUUUUGUCUCUUUCCGGGUCUUUUUUGCCACCGCCAGCUCCUCCCGGUGCGACGAGCUUGACAAUCUUUUUGGCCGGAGGUCAAGGACAAGUUGUUGGUGGUAGCGUUGUGGGGGAGCUCACGGCGGCGGGGCCUGUGAUCGUGAUUGCAGCGUCUUUUACAAAUGUGGCGUAUGAGAGGCUGCCUUUGGAUGAGGACGAGCAGUUGCAGAUGCAGAAUAGCGGUGGAGGUGGGAAUAACUUGUUUGCUGAUGCGGCUGCAGCUGGGACGGCUUCUGGGGGGCUGCCGUUCUUUAAUUUGCCACUGAAUAUGCCUCCGAACGUGCAGUUGCCUGUGGAUGGAUGGGCAGGAAACGCAGGUGUUAGGCCUCCGUUUUGAUGAGAAUGAAUUAGCGGUGAUAUAUUAGACUGAAUAUGAUCUAUGAAUGUGGAAUUGAUUGUGGCUGUGUUGGAGCUCUACUUUGCAUUUGUAGAGAGAGUUGGGAUUCUUGGAUAGGAGAUAAGGUCAGGAAUUUAUGUACUAUCAUCCUCAUCAUCAUCCUUGUUUCUUGUUUCUUCUUCUCCUUCUUCUAGUUCAUGUUUAUUUUAGGGCUUUUUUUUGUUUGUUUGCUUCUUUUUUCUCUUCCUCUUGGGUUUUUGAACUGUACUGAUUUAUGGAAAUAGUCUUCUUGUUAAUGGUGGAAUUCUCUUCUCACUUUUAUAAGAAAUCAAUGGUUUGAGGGUAUAGUUAUAUUAUGUUUAGAAA